GCGCUUAAACCCGUCGAAAUUUAUCGCCGAUGAUUGUCGUAUUUUCUGUUUCUCCAUGCUGAAUAGUGUUACCCCCCCCGUGAAUAAACUUCGUCAGUUUUUUUCCAAGUUUACGCGCCACUCGAUCGAACGGAAACCCCUUUUAACAAAAGUACGCAACAGUUGAAAUCAACCAAAUGAAACUUCUCCCCGCCAGUAAAACUCCUCGCUGCGAAUUAGCAGAAUUAAAGUGACCCCCGCUCUUUCAAAGGAAAAGCAAAGUGAAGCAAAUCACAUUGAAGCGAAGCAAAGCAAAACAAAGUGAAACAAACCAACCAACCCAACCCAACAAAACCCCCCGCGGACACAUACCAACUUCACAUUAAGUAUGAUAACUGGGAACGGUAUCAUAUUUUUAGGUACAGGUUCUUCAUCGUCCACGCCCAAACUAUCCCACAUUUUCAAAAACUCCAAAAUUUUGUCCAACAAAAAUAAGGGGGAACCCCAGAGCUCGGAACUGAGGCAGGAAGACGUAGAACAUAUAAACAAAUUUGUAGACGAGUUGGUUGCACACGAUAUAGAAUGUAUUGACCAGCUGAACGAUUUGUAUCUAAGAAAGAAGUACCCGGAUUGCCAUGAUUUAAAAUGCUACACUUGUUACGAUGCUCUGAAUGGUAACUCCAAGAAUAAAAGAAAUAACAUCUGCGUGUUGGUGAAGUCGAAUGACUCGUAUGUCCUAAUUGACGUCGGGAAAACCUUCAGGGACAGCCUGUUGCGGAACAAGGACAAAAUUAACUUCUACGAAAUCAAGCUGGACUCGGUGCUGAUAAGCCACAGCCACACAGACGCGCUGAACGGAAUAGAUGACCUGAGGGACCUCCAAGAGUACAACAAAAUAACCAAGGGAGACAGCUACUACUACACUCCGAAGAACCCAAUCGACAUUUACGUGAAUGCAGUUUCGUAUGAGCGCCUGCGAAAUGGUUAUGACUACCUGGUGAAGAAGAGGAAGGAAAACAUUUUCUUUUCCAAAAUAGCAGCACUUAACCUGUUAGUUAUCAAGGAUGAAAAGUAUAACAAAUUAAUCCUUGAAGAAAAAACGACCAACCAGAUAAAGGAUGGGGCAGUUGUGAUGCCAAAGCAGGACCAUAAGGGUACCACAAAUAGUACACAGAGGAACCAAAUAGAUGGUGGGAAUAAAAUUAAAAAGAAGGGAGGAGGAGGAGGGUACGAUGAUGAGGAGGGGAAGAAGAGGAAGGGAAAGGAAAACGAGCAACAGAAGGAAAACCUCCUCAACAAUGACGACCACAACGCUGACAUUGACGAUGAUGAUGAUGAUGGGACUUGUGUAAAUAUACAUACGUAUAACAAAAAAGAUGAAUACGGCUAUGUAUACACCAAAUUUGACAAAAACAAACGCAUCAGAUUUAUUCCCUUUCAACAUGGGCGUAACUACAUAUGUGUUGGGUAUAUCAUAGGAGAGAAUGAAAAGCUGGUUUACAUUUCGGACUGUUCUUAUUUACCACCCAAUGUGUUGGAGUACAUAAAGAAGGUAGGCCCCACGGAAGUGUUAGUUAUAGACGCCCUUUAUUACAAGGCAAAACAUUAUUCGCAUUUCUCCCUACACGAAAGUAUAAAAAUUGCUCUGCUUAUCAAGCCGAAGAAAGUAUACUUUAUUGGAAUGUCCUGCGACAUAGAACAUUAUAUUACUAACUUAUUUUUGAAGAAGUUAUCGAAUAAAUAUCCAGACAUUUCCUUUUCCUUGGCUCAUGACGGGUUGUUUGUGCCGAUCGACCUUUAGCGCGCAGUUUGGGAGUUACUGCAUUUAGGGGAAAAGGUCUGUGAGAGCGAAUUGUUCCCACACUUGAACUUUUUGGAAGGGGAGUACUUACACGUAACAUUUUUGGCAGGGGAGUACUUACACGUAACAUUUUUGGCAGAGGAAUGAUUAUACUUUUAAAUCUGCCCCAUCCCUUCGUUUUUUUUUUUUUUUUUUCACCCUUUUUA